ACCGCAGAAGCAGUAGGUGGCUAGAAGCGAAAGGCUGGAGUCUGCGAUCGAGAUUUCUUACAAAGUUAUCGUAGUUUCGUCGCAAUGAAUGGUGUCGUUUCGCGGUGCAGGGUACCUGUUGCACGCCGCUGCGCGUACUCGGUCGGGUCGUCUGCGCGUAUUUGGUGAUAACAAUAAAGGCGCGGGAAUAACGAGUGCGGACACGUUAAAAGUGUUGGAAAAAAAGCGUGAAGAUAUUAACGAAAAUCGCGAUGACAUCCCGAGGGUGAGGGAGGAGAUUUCGCUCCGCGUCGCGUGUUGUCGUCUCGUUAUCCGCUCGGCCAACCCGCCGGGGGUUGCGUGCUCAUCAUCCGCCUUCGCGCGUGUUGUGCGACGAAAGUGUCAUCGCAGUGUGUACCAGCGUUAAAAGCCAGGAAAUUACCACCGAACCACGGUGAUAAGUUGGCGUGCGCGCGCGUGCCUGGGAAAACAAUGGGAAUCGCGCAAAGCCGCAGAGGAGACACGACCGACGGCGGAACGAACGCCGGGGAUCAUAAAAGGGGGAAUGGCACCACUGCUCAGCAUUACUCUUCUCAGCACAGUCCCGGAUCCGGCAUGGGCACCUUAGGCGGGCCCCACAACAGAGCUGGGAGCCUCAGAGGCCCUCCUCCCAGACUCCCGAUGCCCGACGCGACCGAGCUGGAAAGCCGCUUCGCCAGAGUCCUGGCUUCCAUGGACUUGCCACCAGACAAAGCUAAGCUGCUCAAACAGUACGACGACGAAAAGAAAUGGGACAUCGUAUGCGAUCAGUUGAGGGUGCAGGCAAAGGAUCCACCCUCCCAUUAUUUGACCAAGUUGAGAACUUACCUGGAUCCAAAAGCUUCUCGAAGUCAUCGAACGUAUCGUUUCCUUACGUUCUUUCAGAAGCGAAAAAUGGUCGGGGAAUCAACGUCGACACAAGUUCUCAGAGAUUUGGAGAUCUCGUUAAGAACAAAUCACAUAGAAUGGGUGAGAGAAUUUUUGGACGAAGAAAAUCAAGGCCUCGAUGCUCUCAUCGAUUACCUUAGCUUCAGAUUACUGAUGAUGAGGCACGAGCAGCGUUUGAUGGAAUCCAGAACGGAGUCCGAGGAGAGGUUGCAUGGUGCAGGCAUCGGAGACACUUCUACCCUGAAUAAUGGGUGUCUCAGACCACCUCUUUACGAUCUUAAAGAUAGCCCAGGAGUUAAACGUCGGACGCGACACGUCGCUCGGUUAAACAUGGGAGAAGCGAAGGACGAUAUACACGUUUGCAUACUUUGCAUGCGGGCGAUUAUGAACAACAAGUAUGGAUUUAAUAUGGUAAUUCAACACAAGGAGGCAAUAAACUGUAUAGCUCUCAGUUUGAUACACAAAAGCUUGAGAACGAAAUCUCUAGUGUUGGAACUUUUGGCAGCGAUUUGCCUGGUCAAAGGUGGUCACGAAAUAAUACUCUCAGCAUUCGAUAAUUUUAAGGAAGUCUGCUCCGAAAGACGAAGAUUCAAUACACUCAUGACUUAUUUUACCCAAUACGAUAACUUUCAUAUUGAAUUCAUGGUCGCUUGUAUGCAGUUCGUUAACAUCGUUGUUCACUCUGUCGAGGAUAUGAACUUCAGGGUCCAUCUUCAGUACGAAUUUACAAAGCUCGGUCUUGACGAGUAUUUAGAAAAACUUAGGCACACGGAAAGUGAAGAUUUGCAGGUUCAAAUCUCCGCUUAUCUAGACAAUGUAUUCGACGUAGCUGCACUCAUGGAAGAUAGCGAAACCAAGACUGCCGCUUUAGAAAAAGUUGCAGAACUAGAGGACAAGCUCGGUCAUGCUCAUGACAGGAUGGCAGAAUUGGAGCGUGAGUCGCUGGCUAAACUAGCCGAUCUAGAGACUGAGCUCGGAGCAACUAAAAUAGAGUAUUCGGAUGCCGUUGAGGCACGUAGAAUAGCGGAGGAGGAAUUAGCCGCUCUUAGAAGGCAGCGGCAAGAUUCUGCUCGACGGCAGAGCGUCCUUGAGAAUAAAAUUAUCGAACUUCAAACGCUGACUGGAACCUUAACCAAAGGGUCGACAAUUGCUAGUCUUGGUAAUGGUUCGACGUCUCCGUCUGUCGAUGAUGCUUUCACGUCAACCUCGGCUCCGGCAUCUUCUCCGCAAGUUUCUGAAAUACCUCUGCCUGCCGCUGCGCCUCCGCCACCGCCGCCUCCGCCUUGUCCUCCACCUCCUCCCAUGGUUCCCUUUUCUCCUGGAGACCAUAAAGCACCACCUCCGGUUCCGGUUCCACCACCUCCUGCAGGCAUGAUGCCAGCGCCGGACGGAGCAAUGACGAUCAAGCGCAAGGUGCAAACAAAGUACAAACUUCCAACGCUCAACUGGGUGGCUUUGAAGCCCAACCAAGUUAGAGGUACUAUUUUCAACGAGCUGGACGACGAUCGGCUCCACAACUGUAUAGACUUCUCUGAUUUUGAAGAAAGAUUUAAAAUCGGCAUGGGUGGACCGGUUUCGAAUGGCAACAGCGAAAUCGACGGUCUACAAAGUCAGUCAAGCAAGAGAUUCAAGAAACCUGAAAAUGUAUCGUUGCUCGAACACACGAGAUUGCGUAAUAUUGCAAUAUCGCGAAGAAAAAUGGAAAUGCCAGUCGACAAAGUGAUCACGGCUGUAAAUAGUCUUGAUUUAAAAGUGCUUUCCCUUGAGAACGUAGAGCUACUUCAACGGAUGGUGCCGACAGAUCAAGAGAUAAAGGCAUACCGUGAAUAUAUUUGCGAAAAGAAGAAUGUCAACCUCCUAACGGAAGAAGACAAAUUCUUGAUGCAACUUGGAAAAGUAGAGAGAAUAUCAACGAAAUUGUCAAUAAUGAACUAUAUCGGAAAUUUCUUUGACAAUUUGCAUCUAAUUACACCGCAAAUUCACGCUGUAAUAUCCGCGUCAAGUUCGGUAAAGAGUUCGAAAAAGUUAAGGGCUGUGUUGGAAAUAAUUCUUGCCUUUGGAAAUUAUUUGAACAGUAGUAAACGAGGUCCGGCUUACGGAUUCAAACUUCAAAGCUUAGACACUUUAUUGGAUACUAAAUCAACGGAUAAACGUAUGUGCCUGUUGCAUUACAUCGUUGCUACGAUACGGCUGAAGUUCCCCGAACUGAUAAACUUUGAAUCUGAAUUAAUGUACAUCGACAAGGCUGCCACGGUAUCCAUAGAAAACAUCACAACCGACGUACACGAGUUGGAAAAAAGUAUGGACUUGGUAAGAAAGGAAUACGAGCUACGUGGUAAAGAAAAACACAACACGGUAUUGCGAGAUUUCCUAAGCAAUUCCGAGGAAAAAUUGCGCAGAUUAAAACUCGACGCUCGUACGGCCGGCGAAACGUUUCGCGAGUGUGUAGAAUUCUUCGGCGAAAGUCCAAGGCAGGCCGAUGCCAACACGUUCUUCUCGCUACUCGUCAGAUUCGCGAGAGCAUUUAAAGCUGCGGAUCAAGAAAACGAACAGCGUCGAAGGUUGGAGGCUGCUGCGGCAGAAGCCUUGAAUACGUCUGAAGAAGUUUUUAAGAGAAACAAGUUGAAUCAAAAGAAACAGCAGGACGCUGUGAUAAAUGAACUGAAAAAUAAGACGCGACUGGUUCAAGAAAAGAAAUUGCUCCAACAAGACGAAGUCUACAAUGGAGCACUGGAAGACAUUCUGCUUGGUCUUCGCUCGGAACCUUAUCGCAGAGCCGAUGCCGUUCGACGUAGUCAACGACGACGGAUCGACAAUCACCGAUUGUCCCGUACUGCUGAGGAAUUGGAACUGUAAUUAGGCAAUUGUAUGGAAAAAAAUAUUCCUCUUGUUAGUUUCAUUACUUUUUCGAUUUUUUUUUUACGCUAAAACAUUUACAGUGACAUAUUUAUUUUUAUUUUUCAUCAGGGCUAUACAAAUAGCUAGAAAUAAUGACAAGGUUGAAUUUAGUUGAUUUCUGUUAAUAAGCGGUAGUGAAUAUUAUUGCCUAAUUUUUCUUUUCUUCUUUUUUCUUCCUUCAAUCAUUGUAAAUAGUUCAUGAUGUUAUUACCUAUUCUCUAAUUUCGUAUUAUUUAUUUCCACAGUGCGAACGCCACUACUCCAUGUAGGCAUAGUCUUGUAUCUUUAAUACGUCUCGCAUGUUGCACAUUACUUCGAUUUAAUUUUUACUGUGAUGAAAGUUAGAGAAGUUUUUUUUUUUUUUUAUUAUCGAUUCAUAUUUUCGUACCAAUUCCGUUACGAAAAAAAAGUAUUUGUCAUUUCCAUUUGAAAACAUUGUAGUUUUGGUUCUGUUAAAAGAAAUCAAAUUGCAGUUCAUUAAUUAAGAUUUACAAAGAACGACCAGGAAUCAAAUUAUUAAUGUAAUUAUUUGGUCUUCAAACAAAGACUGACCAUAUGCACAAGUUAAAUAUAUUUCGGUGCUAUUAUAAGUAUUAGAGAAAAAAGAAAAAAAAGUUUAUAAAAAUUUUCGGUAUAAACUUAUAUAUAUUGAUAUAGUUUUUCAAUCAUUAUUAUAAUGAACACUUGACAUACGUGUCAAAUUUCUCGACCCGUGAAUUAUAAUCUUUCCGUCGAUGGCUUUUAUCUAGUACAAAUAAUACAAGUCCAACGAAAAUUUAUUUACUAUGGUACAAUCUUGUAGUAGCAAAAUAAUACAGACCGUAUGGAUGUUUAGGUAUUCCGUCACAAGAUAAAAAUGUUCGCGAAACUUCUCCAAAUAUCAAAUAUGUAAUGGUUUUUCCUUCAUUUUUUCUCGUGCUCGCUCUCUUUGUCUCUCUCUCUUUUACCUUUGUAUUAUACCAAUUGAUAAUAUUCUUCACAAAUACAGUCAGCAUAGAUAAUUUAUCAAGAUAUAUGUAAAUGUAGUCGAUACCUAAUAACUUGUUUUCAUGACAUGCCGCUCACCCGUUUCACCUUCAUUCGUACCGAACCGCUGUGACAUUCCACGAAUAUCGUUAAUAAUAGAAGUCUGCAAGCGAAUUUCAAUUUCAAAAUCCUUAUCUUAUAGAAUCAUCCUCGAUGAAUGACAAAUCUAUAUUUGCAUUAGAAUCUCUCUGAAGGCUGAAUUUUUUCUUUUUUUUGCACAACGGCACAAAUUUUUCAACAAUUUUUUUAUUUUUUUUUUUUUACUCUGCAAUUAUAAAUCAUGAAUACAUAAUUAAUUUUUGCAGUCAUUUUCACUAUCUAUGGUAAAUUUAUUCUAUUUUCUUAAUCCUAUUGAAAUGUUACCAUGACAAUAUAUCGCCAUUACUACACUGUCACACCUUUAAACAGCGCAAAGUUGAGUCGAUGAUAGACACUAUUGUAUAUAAGAGGAAAAAUUAAUCGAUGCAUCAUCAUUUUAUUUUCAAUUUUUCUGCGUAUACUAGAAACUAAGUAUUCGGGGUGGAGAAGAAAAAACUACUAGUAUCCGAAAAAUAUUUGCAGUUUUAUAUGCUGGUGAAAAGUUUGUUUAUAAUUGGGGUUUUUUUUUCCGGGAUUGUAGGUUUCCCAAAUUGAAAAUACUUUUUUUUUUCAAAUUAUUUUUCUUGUUUAUCCUAUACCAGUGUCUAAAGAAGUGCAAGUGUUUUGUUGUUCUUAUAUUCUAUCAAAAAUAAUUUUUGCGAACUGAGUUACGGUGUGAUUGAUAUUAAAGCGAUUGAAAUGCAAUGGAAUAAAAACUAUUCAUUGCGUAUAUGGAAUUACAGAAAUCCAGUUGAAGAAAAGAUUUGUAAAAAAUGUUCAAGUUUGAUUUGAUUUGUAAAGUGACUCAUAUUUUACUAGUUUUAAUAAAAUCUUAUUGUUAUUAUAAAUAUGUGGAAAAAAAAAACAAAGGUACUUUGAUACGAUAUAGUGAAUAAUUACUCACGAUCAAACUGAAUACAUGAAUGGGACUCAAAUGAUAUUACGUGUGCCCUUACAAGUAACUGAUAUUGUGAUGCUAUUCAUUAUUUUAUAUUCAAUGCUUGUAAACGACUUGUAUUUAUCAAA